AUGAAGUUUCUCCGGGACUGUGGCUGCGACCGUGCCCGCGCCGGCCGCCGCCGGCCGCCCGCCCUCCGCGCCGCGCUGCUGCCGCCGCUGCUGCUGCUGCUGCUGGUGCCGCGGGCCGCCGCCGCCCCGCUGCCCAACGCGGACUCCUCGGGGGAGGCAGAGCUGGAGGAGGCGGCGGAUCGGCGGGCGGCGCUGCCCAACAGCCUGAAGCUGGCGCGGCUGCUGCACGACCGGGCGACACAGCUGCAGAACGAGAUGUGCGAGAAGUUUACCGUCUGCCAGAACAGCAUGGAAAUGCUCCUCCACAACAACCUCAACCUCCCCAAGGUGACGGAGGAAGAUGGGUGUCUGCUCGCCGGCUUUAAUGAGGAUAAAUGCUUGAGAAAAAUCUCCAGCGGGCUUUAUACAUUUCAGACAUACCUCAAGUACAUACAAGAAACUUUUAUUAGUGAAAACCAAAAUGUUGAAUCGCUAUCCUACAAUACAGAGCACCUGGCACAAAUCAUAAAACAGAUGGUGAUCAAUCCUGAAGAAGUGAUCAUCCCAGAUGCAGCUACCCAGGAAUCCCUCCACACAAAGCUGAAGUCCACUAAGGCCUGGACAGAGAAAAUCACCAUCCAUCUCAUCCUCCGAGACUUUACUUCAUUUAUGGAGAAGACAGUGAGGGCCGUGCGCUAUUUGAAAAACACCAGGAGUUUCAGUGCUUGA